AUGGCUGAAAUCGCUGGUCUUGUUUUGGGCGGUAUACCAAUCGCAAUUUGGGCUCUUGAGAAGUAUGUGGAGCCUCUCGAGGCUUUUCACAAUUACCGCAUCUCAAUAGAGACUUUCCGGACCGACCUGAUCUUUCAAAAUCGACAACUACAGACCACCCUUUGCAAUCUUGGACUUGAUAAUGAGCCAUCGAGGGAAGAGCUACGCAAAUGCUUUGAUACUAAAUUCCCGAGUAUGUCUCGCGAACUGAUUUCUAUCGUUCAACGUAUGGACGAUGUUACUGCUGGGCUCUUGAAGAGCCUAGAUAUCGACAUUAAUGGAAAGCCGAACGCCCUUCAAGAUAGAGCUCAAUGGGAAUGGCAUCGGGUGAAACAUAGCUUUAGCACAAAAAAGCGCAACAAAGUGGUCGAGGACCUUAGGCAUUGGAAUGAAGACUUAAGGAGGUCUGUUGAGAAACCGGAAGUGCCCGCGGAAGACGAUAGUGGCAAAGUCCAAUAUCUCAAACGCCGCUUCAAUAUUGAGCGUUGCAAUUCAAUCCGUCAGUGCUUAAGCUCUCUUCACCGAGCACUCGAAUUUGGAUUCCGUUGUGCCUGCUCACCACCUCACCAAGCUGCCAUCGAUCUUGACUGGGAGGCAAUUGAAUCUAAUGCAGCUAAACCUGUCAAAGUGGCCCUCUCAUACGGAACAAGCUCACAAACAUCCCAGCUGCCUGAUUUAUGGCGAAAGCUUCAUGUUACACCACAUGCUCCCAACAACAUAGCCAGCUCGGUUCCUAGUUUACUGACACCACCGCCCACUCCCGCUAGGGCUUCUCCACUAUCCUCUUCCCUCCGAUCUAAGUUGUCGCACUUCAAAUUCCGUUCACUGUCUCGGACACCCUCACCGCCACCAACUCCGCCGGUUUUAUUAACAGCACCAACGGCUAUGUCAACUACAGCGAGUACAGAGAUAACCAGCCUCUGUCGUACAGUAGGGACAGAAUGCGAUCGAUGGAUUCUUACAGGCUUUCUCAAAGACCCAGACGAGGAACAAGGUCGAAAAUUCUCUCUCGACUACAGCCAAACAGAGUUGUCAAAAAUCAUCAAAGCAGUUCCUCUCAAGUCUCUACUUUCAUCCCACGAGCAGUCAGCUCAGGGACAAACCCCUUAUAUCUCACUGUCCACAAAACAGAGGUACGGCAUCGCCGCCUCCACCGCCUGGUCAGUCUUGCACCUGAGUGGCAGUCCCUGGCUUGGCGACCACUGGGACGAAAAGCAAGCGAAUAUUUUUCUCGAGAGAAACCAAGGCGGCCGAGAAAUUUUCUCCCGGUACCCGUGUGCGUCGUAUAAAUUUUUACCUCCAACAAGCCUGGAGCAGCCGGCCGCAAAUGACUUAAACUAUCUCAUUCCCAACAGAACCAUCUUCGCACUCGGUAUUCUCCUCAUCGAGCUCUGCAUCAACAGGUCAUUUGCGGAGAGCCAUCAGUCUGACGAGAGCGUGACGCCAACCUCGCUGCUCGAUGACUAUCAGGCUGCGCUGAGCAAGCUGGAUGAGGUAUACAGUCUUGCGGGAGACUCUUAUGGAUAUGCAGCGGAGCGGUGUGUGAAGUUCGCGUUUCAGGGGCGGGAUCUCUACAAGGAUUUCAGUUUCUCUCAAUUCCGGCAGCAGUUCUACGACAGUGUGGUUGCGCCGGUGCAGGCGACUUAUCUCGCGUUUCCGGAUUCGUGCAUUCCUGUGUAA